UAGAUUUACACACUUUAUCGGUUUCCUGUUUGGCAGAAAAGGCGUCGUUAGUAAACAGCAGUGAAAAGGGGGAAAAAAAGACGGAGUCGCUUAGCGAGUGAGAACAACACGUCUUUUUUUUUUAUCGGUGCCGCUAAAGGUCGACGGUGUAGUUCGGUUGUCGGUCGCUGGCUUAGGUUGUCACGUUGACAAAUCCUCGUUAGGGGCGUCAGCCAGUUUGUUCGCUAGCUAGCGUUAGCAUUUGCAUUUGCAUUAGCAGCGGACGACGAAGAUGAUAGCGCUCAUUAACAAACUGCUGGACUGGUUCAAGGCGCUCUUCUGGAAAGAGGAGAUGGAGCUGACCCUCGUGGGCUUGCAGUAUUCCGGGAAGACCACAUUCGUCAACGUGAUAGCGUCAGGUCAGUUCAGUGAAGACAUGAUUCCCACGGUGGGCUUCAACAUGAGGAAGAUCACCAAGGGCAACGUCACCAUCAAGCUGUGGGACAUAGGCGGGCAGCCUCGUUUCCGGAGCAUGUGGGAGCGUUACUGCCGAGGAGUGAGCGCCAUAGUAUACAUGGUGGAUGCAGCUGAUGCAGAGAAGAUUGAAGCCUCCAAGAACGAACUCCACAACCUGCUGGACAAACCACAACUGCAGGGAAUUCCUGUUCUGGUUCUGGGCAACAAGCGGGAUCUGCCAGGAGCUCUGGACGAGAAGGAGCUCAUCGAGAGGAUGAACUUGUCGGCCAUCCAGGACAGAGAGAUCUGCUGCUACUCCAUUUCCUGCAAGGAGAAGGACAACAUUGACAUUACCCUCCAGUGGCUGAUCCAGCAUUCCAGGACAAAGAGGAGUUCCUGAGAGUAGACAACCUCAAACCUCCCCGCUAAACCUACUUGACCAAGCCCUUCCCCCCUCAUCCCUCCAUUUUCAUGUUUGUUUCCAUGUUGCAUAAACUACACUAUUCAUGAGCCCCCUGCACCUCACGUGACAAGCUCCAAGAUCGUGGCAAACACACAGGAAGCAGGAAACCUCACAAAUAAAUCCCGGCCCCUCCUGGUCUUCCAAUCUCAAUUAACUAAGUCAAGUUUUUCUUAACAAACAAAAGAAGCAGCAGCGUUUUAAACUUUGUUGUCAGGUGACAUCAGCAUGUUGGCCAUUUUGACUCAUCCUUCUCGAACCACGAGAAAGAUGAACUUUGUUUCGUCUUCUCAUUUUCAUUUCUUCACCUUUCUCUUGUCUUUUUGUGUUCGUUUCCUUCCCUUCAAAAAAUGUUUUUAUUGCAUUCUUGAUUUUGUCUUUGUAAGAUAAGAAUAAUGACAAUAAUGUUGAUAAUCUUUUCAUGUGGAACAACUUUUUAUUUGAGUUUUGUAUUUUUAUGAUUGUUAUUGUGUUUUUGACUUAUUGGACACCGGAGUCGUGAUGAUCAUGCUAUUUAUCUCAAUAGAUCAGCCUAGUUUAUUUAUCAAUCAUUUGAAUCAGACCCGUUGAUUUUUUUGAGGAGAUGUCGGCCAUUUUAAACGUGGUCCGCUUGUUUCUUCGGCAGCGCAACACGGUGUCAAUUUUGUCUAACUUCUCGCCAAAAUAAUGCAUCAAAUGAAGUGUGUCCACGGUAACAAAAAAGCUUUUUAAACUCUUAAGAACAGAAUGAACGUAGACGAUGUGGGCUUUUAGGUGAAAAUGCACAACUGAAAUGAGAAAUUAAAGUAUGACAUGAAAACUUG